GAUCUUUCUUUACCGUUGCCACACAAUGGGUCAGCAAUGGAGUCAAACAACCCCUUCUUAUGAAGUCAAAACAAACUUGACUUGUUCUUAUUCGGAUAACAAACAGAAAGGCUCCAACCAGGUUGUCACUGUCAAUCCUCCUCCUGAGCAAAGACAAGAUACUCACAGAAAGCGAGAAGCAUCUCUUCAUCCGUUGUUGCAGGAACUGGAGCAACUUUCAUCUGUCCAACCACUGCAAGUUGAUAAUUCAAACGAGAUAAGGUUGAUACAAGAGACCAAACAACUUGCAGAUAUGGCAAUAUUGAAAAGGUUUUACUCUGGAAACACUGUGGGUUUGAAGGGUGUUUUGAGUGCCGACGAAAAAAAGCAUUCCAUAAGUUUUCACAGCAAUAGUUUGCAUCAACUUGCUACUGUAAAAAAAGAAAUGAUUGAAAUAUUAAUCAGUCGUCAGGAACAGUUACAGUUACAAACAGAUGGUGUCUUGGAAAAAACCAAACAAGUUUGUCAACAACUAGAAACCAAGGCAGACCAGUUGAGAAGAGUGAGCACUGGUAUCCGACAGAUAGAGAAGUUGUUGGUAACCUUAUGCGACUGUCAAGAACUACUGACGAAAAGUCUUGAGUUGACUUCAGAAAUACGAGCUCGUAGUGGGUCCAGUAGAAUGGAAACUAUAUGUAGUUUUCGAGAGUAUCUAAGUUCACAUGCACCUGAGCUAUUGAUAGAUGACAAUAUGACUUUACUUCCCAACUCAUGAAAGUCAUUUCAAGUUAUUUAUUUUUAU